AUGGGUAUCAAUAAUCCUAUCCCAAGAAGUUUGGGUUCAGAGACAAAAAAAGCUGCAAAAAUUUUAUCAAGUUUUGUUAAACCUAAUCAAGUAUUUGGUGCAGAUCAAGUUAUUCCUCCUGAUGUAUUAAAGAAAGCUAAAGGUUUAGCAAUUAUUACUGUUUUAAAAGCAGGUUUCUUAUUUUCGGGUAGAGCAGGUUCAGGUGUUAUUGUUGCAAGAUUAGGUGAUGGUACUUGGUCUGCUCCUUCUGCUAUUGCAAUGGCAGGUGCAGGUGCGGGUGGUUUAGUUGGUAUUGAAUUAACAGAUUUUGUUUUUAUUUUAAAUACACCAGAAGCUGUUAAAUCAUUCUCUGAAUUUGGUACUAUUACACUUGGUGGUAAUAUUUCUGUCUCUGCAGGUCCAUUAGGUAGAAAUGCAGAAGCUGCUGCAUCUGCUUCUACAGGUGGUGUUUCUGCAGUUUUUGCUUAUUCUAAAUCUAAAGGUUUAUUUGCAGGUGUCUCUGUUGAAGGUUCUGUUAUUGUUGAAAGAAGAGAAGCAAAUAGAAAAUUUUAUGGUGAUAAUUGUAAAACAAAACAGAUUUUAUCUGGUAGAAUUAGACCUCCACCAGAAGUUGAUCCUUUAUUUAGAGUUCUUGAAUCGAGAGCAUUUAAUUAUAGAACUCAAAAUUAUGAUGAUCAAUAUUCAGAAGGUAGCUUUUAUGAUGAUAUUCCAGAUUCAUUUUCAGAAAUGUCUUCAAGAAGAAAUGGUGGAAGUGGAAGAUAUGGUAGAGGAGGUAAUAGAAGUAGAAGUAAUUCAUAUUAUGAUGAUGAUGAUGAUGAUUUUGAUGAUGAUUAUAAUGAUUCUGGAUCAAAUGAUCGUAACAGAAAUAAUAAUACUAGUAGUAGAACAGGAGGUGUCUCUCGAAAUGAUUCUAGAUAUCGUUCAAAUGUUAGUUCUACUGGUGGAAGAACAAGAAGAAGUUAUGGUGGAUUUGAUGAUGAAGAUUUUGAUGAUCCAAGUGGUGCUAAUGAUUAUUAUGCUAGUCAUAGAAGAACUGGUAGUGCAAACAAUAAUAAUAAUUCAAGAUCACGUUGGGAAGAUGAUGUUUAUGAUGGUCGUUCUGGUAACCGUAGUUCUCGUAGAGAUGAACAUGAUGUUGAUGAUCUUUCAAAUAGAUUCUCAAGAUCUCGUAUCUCUUCAGGUCCAACUGGUUCAAAACGUUAUUCAGAUGAAAGACAAGAUACAAAAGCUCCAAUAUCCUCUGCUGGUUCUGAAAAGACACCAAAGGCUGUAGCAUUAUAUAGUUUCAAAGGUGAAGAAUCUGGUGAUUUACCAUUCAGAAAAGGUGAUGUUAUUACAAUCUUAAAGAAAUCGGAUUCUCAAGAUGAUUGGUGGACGGGUAGAGUUAAUGGUAAUGAAGGUAUAUUCCCAGCAAAUUAUGUUGAAUUAGUAUGA